CGAACGUGCGAUAGCCACAAUCCAGACACCACUGGAUGGACUCGCGGAUCACUAAAAGUUCAACCGUAAGCGGAUCAUCAAUAUCCUCAAUAUGAAUACCCCGAGCCAAGAUAACCGAACCAUUCUGACCUUUAUAACAAUUCCGACUACCGAGUGUGAACCUCUCCUAGUGGUACCAUCCUACAUGCAGGUGGCCAUGACCGGAGCCAAAACACCCACAGCUGCCACCAGGGGGGGUCCGGGAAUGAAAUCACUCUAUCCACCAGUAACCCCACCCAUUCCUGAACUUGUUGAUGAUACUGCUGCAUCAAGGAUAAAACACAGCACCCAAUUUCUGGAUUUCCAAAUCCGCCAUAAGGCUGCAACCACAACCAUGCUCUGAUGGGGUGAGUAAGCAGUAAAAUCAACUUCUUAAGGAAAAGCGGGAAAUUCUAGCGAGGGAGGCCUUGUCCUAAAGUCUCUAGACCAGCAUGAUCCAAAUUGCCCUUGCCACCAAACAAUCCAGAAAAAGUGUUCUAUAGUCUCCUCAGCUGCCUAGCAAACCGAAAAUUGAGGCAAAACUUGUACCUCCUUCUCAAUUAGAGCUUCCAUGGUUGACAGAAUAUGAUUGAAAAUUUUCCAGAGGAAGACCUUUAGCUUCGAAGGGAUAGAGAGCCCCCAUACCCAAAUCCAGCUAGAAUUAUCCAUCCAACUGGCAGAUUGCCUCCAUCUGCCUUGCCCACGACUAAGCUGGACAACUAAGUGGUAAGCAAACUUAACGAUGAAAAUCCCAUCACUGGUAUCGUGCCAGAUCAAAGAGUCCCCAAUAGCAUGAUGUGGUAACGAGAUUGCUUUGAUCCCACACGCUACCUCUAGCGAAAACACGUGGUUGAGUACUUCCACAUUCCACCUUCCUUCCCUUGACCGUAACAACUCAGCCACCUUUGUAUCACUUCCUUCUGGAAUCACCUGAGGGCAGCAGGGAGGGGCCUGCGGAUGCAUCCUUGGGACCCAGCUGGAAUUUGGGAUGGGUACCGACUUACCGUUUCCUAUCUGCCACCGCGCGCAAACCCUACUGAAGCAAGAGGCGUCCAUACAACAUACUCUGUCAUCCCAAAAAGGACGGUACCGUGCCGUUACAGUGAGAAAGGACCCUGUUGGAAAAUAUUUUCCUUUAUAGACCUGAGCCAAAAGAGAAUCAGGUACGUUAAGAAUUCACCACCCAAUUUUGAAAGUGCUCGAACCUAAAACAUAUAUCUGGCUUAGCAUUAAAGUUAUGAAAUCUACAUUAAACUAAAAUAGUCCAAAAAUGAAAAUUUGAUAAUUUAACAUUUUAGUAAGAAUUUGGCUUAGCACUUACAGCCUGUUUGGAGAGGCUAAAAUUUUAGGAAAUGGAAUUCCAUUUCUCAAACUUUUCAUGAUUCUCAUGUUUGGAAGUGAAAAAUAAAUAGGAAAUAGAAUUCCAAGAGGUAAAAAGUUAGAAAUUCUAAAUCCUAUCAAAAGUUAUCGGAAUUGGUUGGGAGAGGAAUGAAAAUAGUGGACCCCACUCAAAUUUUGAUUCACCUUUACAGAACAGCCCUUACUAAUUUUCUGUUAUUCCAAAACUACCCAUGAAAUAGGGUUAAAGGCUUCGCCUGCCCAUCCUACUAGCUCAAGCUGUCCAUUUUUUAAUCUCUCUGGUCCCUGCAACUUCUCUGUCCCACUUUCCGCCGAGCUCUGCAGACUCAGGUGAGCAUCCUUCUUCACUCGUUUUGGAUUUUUUAACCCCAUUUAUUCGUCAUGUAGCCCAUCACUUUCAUUGCUUCGUUUAUGGCUUUUCUUUGCCCCUAAAAUUUACACUUUGUGGAUUCACAGUGCAAGCUUUUGUCCUCUUUUGUUUGGCUAGUUGCUGUGUUCCUCUUUUAUUUAUUAUGUUUGCUUAUUCAUGUAGGAAACAUGAGAGAUAUGGAAAGUAAACUUAUAGCAGCUGUAACAGCUUAUGUUGCUUAUCUUUUCAUAUUAGUUCGUAUCUACAAUCGGAUUGAAAAUGCGGCUAGUCAACCUGUUCGUAGUCAUAUAGAAAGGCCUAUUAGAAAUCGUGCUAUAGUAAGGCGAGAACUUGCUCGAAAUGAAAUUAUGUUGGAACUCAUGAAUGAAACACGAUGUCGUAAAAAUUUACGGAUGGCACCUCAUGCAUUUCACAAUCUUUGUGAGUUACUUCGAGGAACGGGGCUUAUUAGGGACACCUGCUAUAGUUGUGUUGAAGAGCAAGUUGCUAAAUUUCUUCACGUCGUCUCACAUGGUAUUUGAAGUUCAUUGGCCACACUUCUUUAUCGUCGUUCAAGUGAAACAGUUAGCUGCUAAUGCUUUGAAGGACACAAAGAUGAUAGAAAAUUUUCUAAGGCAGCUUAUCUUGCUGCUGCUAAUGCUUUGAAGGAGAAAUACAAUGUGAAGUUAUCAACGGACAAACUUCAGAAUCGACUCAAGACUUUAAAAGUUCACUUGGGUUUGGCUUUGGACUUGCUUACUCAAAGUAGUGGGUUUUCUUGGAAUGAUGUCACGAAGAAAAUUGAAGCAAGCAAAGAAGUUUGGGAUGAUAAGGCAAAGGUAUAUUUUGAACUUGAAUUUAUGUUUGUGCUUUUUCUGCAUAACCUCUUUUAGUCUAACCAAUACAACUUGUUAUGAUCCAGAAGAAGAAGGCUUAUAAUCAAAUUCGGGGCAAGCAACUUCACAAUUUGGAACUUCUUCGAGAAAUUUAUGAAAAAGACAGAGCAAUGGGUAACAGAUCUGCAACGCCUGCUGAAAAAUGUGAAGAAUGGCAAAAGGAAGAUAGAAGUUUCAGUCUCGAUGAUAUUGAUGAGCUUGAAGAACUCCAAGCUACAGCUUUUGAGAAGUCUCCCCAGGGUAAUCAUACUACUAAUCCUUCUCCACAACCUCAAGGUAGUGAAGGGCCAUCCCAAAGCGAAAUGGCAAGGAAAUUGUCUAAGGCGAAAAAAAAGAAAGGCUGAGUUGUCUGAUUUACUUGCUACUGAAAUGAGAGAUGUUAGAGUAGCAUUACAGGAUAUUGCAGGUGCUAUCAAGACCACUAAUCGUCGAAUCAGGUCUGAAGAAGAAAUAGUUGAAGAACUUAUCAGACUUGGAUUUGGAGGAGAUUAUUUGAUGGAAGGAACCGAGUUUUUGGUGGCUGAUCCAAUUCGAGCAAACACUUUUUUUGCUUUUCCCGAAGAAGUCCGUAGGGACUGGUUGCUUAGGAAGCUUGCUUGCUAAGUCUUCAUGAGUUUGUGUGAGUUGACUGUGGGACUCUACUCAUAAUAUUUUGUUUGAAUUGGAUCAUUUUGAUUCUAUCUUGUGGACUACUAGUAUGUUUCAAAUACUUGUUAUGUUUAGUUGAAUUCUGGUUGUUACUUAAUCCUCUCAUCCUUUUAUAUUAUGUUUUGAUUUCUGUGAACAGAAAUAUAUGCUUUCAUUAUUGUUUUGUUGCUCGGAUGAUUAUCAUAUGGUUUCUUAUUGUAGUAUGCAUUUAUAUCGAUAAAAGGAUAUUAUUGUAAAAACACUUGUAAGAAUUCAUUUCCAUUAUUCUCCAAACAUAAAAGGAGGAAAUCAUUUUCCAAACUUUAGGAUUUGUUCCAAACAUUAAUUCUGGAAAUGAAUCUCCAUCGGAAUUCAGAUUCUCAUAAGAAAUGGAAUUCAUUUCCUAGCGGAAUUAUAUCCAAACAGGCUGUUAAGAAGUCUCUUGUUGGUUUUGGAACUAAAAUUCCAAACUAAUAAGUCUAACAUAGGGUCAGCGUCUAUUUAUUAUGUUUCGUUUUCUUCACAGCUCUCAACAGUAAUCGUGUCAUCACUCUCCACGAAGUUUCAUAAAUAUCAUCGUCUGCCGCUGCCGAUCAAUAGUCGAUCGCUACCGCUGUCAUCAUCACCACUCACAGCCCGCUGAAUUAAAGUGAGGAGAAUUUGGAUUGCCUGGAUUGAAUUUGAGGGCAAAAGAGAUUAGAUUUAGCAGACAAAAGAAGGAGCGGAGCGGCUUCCUGAGGGCUGAUUGAUAGAGAGGAAGAGAGGCGGCUUAGAUGGCGAAUCUGUAUGUGAAGGCGGAGCCGCCGACGGAUCUUAAUAGGAACACCGAAUGGUUUAUGUACCCGGGCGUCUGGACGACCUACAUACUCAUCUUGUUCUUUGCUUGGCUUGUCGUUCUCUCUGUCUUUGGUUGCUCUCCUGGCAUGGCUUGGACUGUCGUAAAUCUCGGUCACUUUGCUGUUACAUAUCAUUUCUUUCACUGGAAGAAGGGAACUCCAUUUGCCGAUGAUCAGGGGAUCUAUAAUGCACUAACCUGGUGGGAGCAGAUCGACAAUGGAAAGCAACUUACACGCAACAGGAAGUUUCUAAUGGUGGUGCCAGUGGUGCUGUACUUGAUCGCUUCUCAUACAACUGACUACCAACAUCCAAUGCUGUUUCUGAACACAAUUGCGGUGCUAGUUCUUGUUGUGGCCAAGUUCCCGAAUAUGCACAAAGUACGGAUCUUCGGGAUCAAUGGUGAUAUGUGAGCUGCUGGGCCGUCUCUGGUGUGUUCUUUCGUGUUCAUGAACCGAUGCUGUGAUCCUUCAGCUACUGCGGCUGGAAGUCAUAUAGUCACUAUUGUAUAGAAGCUAGAAACUGAAGGCUACUUAUAAAUAUGUAAUGUUUUCGUUUUUGUUUUGUGGUGAUAAGUGGAGUUUUACAAGUAUGCAUUCUAGGUGAGAAAAUAACUGUAUCGAGAUAUCUUUUGUACAGAAUGAGUAAUGUUUUUAUCUUCCUUUCCUAUAUGGUUCGAACAUUGGCUUGAAAGAUGAAUCAUGUAAGUUUUUUUUUUUUUGACAGUAAGACACUCAUUUCAUUACUUGAUGCGGAAGAAACCAAGGUUACAAAAGGGGGAGACAAUGUCAAGGAUUUGGAUCCAGUCAUGGGGGAGCUGGUUCCUGGCACAAGUUUAACUUUCAAGUUUAACUUGUUGGUCAUCAAGUUUAACUUUCAGCUCACGAUCUUCUAAACGAAGGGCACUCCUUAGGAGUGUAAGUUUGACCCUUAAAACUCACUGACCCGCCCUGACCCUCAGGGUCGGGCUGGGUUAGUUUGUCUAUAGGGUCAAUUUAGGGUCGGGUCGGCUUAUGGUCGGGUCAGGGUCAGAUAGGGUCGGGUAACUUUUUGACCCUAUGACCCUUAGCAUCAUAGAAACAUGUUGGACCUAUUUGUAAAAUUUUAUAAGUUUAGGUACUAAAUUGUAAAAAUUAAAAAAUUGGGUACCAAAACGUAAUUUUACCAUCAAAUUUUAGGGACUUAUUUGUAAACAAAUAAAAUUUAGGUACUAAAAUGUAAGAAAAAAUAAAUUCGGGAACCAAAUUAUAAUUUUUAGAAAAGUAGUCUAUUUAUUAGGGUCGACCCACUGACCCGACCCGACCCUUCCUGACCCGCCCCAACCCUAAAGGGUCAGACAGGGUCAUGAAAGAAACAGGGUCGGGGCGGGUCGGUUAUACAUCUUGACCCUUCAGGAGCGGGUCAGACAGGGUCAGGGGUUGGUCGGGCCAAUUUUCAGCCCUAGCACUCCUUACCGAUGAUUCUUUCCCAUACACUAGUAAAAAAAUAAUAAUUAU